CGCAGGAAGCUCAGUCGACUGAUCGUUGAUCAGACAGCGUCGCGUGCGCAACAUACUGUGCGACAACCGAUCGAAACAUUAACUGCGAGACAAAAAUAUUAUUUUAAAUUAAAUUAAAAUGAGUUUAAUAAUGGAUACAGCGGAGAUCGCAGCCGAGGCGCUGACGGCCAAAAUUGUAACGAUGGUGUGCCUCUUCGCGAUAUCCAUGUUGGUAGGAUGUCUGCCGAUGCUGAUAUCCUUAAAGUACGACUGGUUCAAGCCGAGUGAUUCCGACCUUCGCUCCACCAACCAGCUGGUGAUGGGGCUACUGGCCUUCGGAGGAGGUGUACUCUUCGCCACCACCUUCAUGCACUUACUACCCGAAGUUGAUGAAAACAUUGAAUUAUUGCAAGAAUCUGGCGAACUCCCAGAGAUACCGCUUUUUCUCGCCGGACUGAUCAUGUGUGGAGGUUUCUUCAUGAUGUACUUAAUAGAGGAGCUGGUGCACCUCUAUAUCAACAGCCGGGAGACCAAGAAGGCUGACAACGAGACCGCUAAACCUUUUACAUUAAGGAAAGACUCUGCCUCAAUACCAGCUGUAGAAGCUGCUGACUCCAGUCACCCUAAGGAACUGGAGAGUGGUACCAAGCAUGCUGGGCAUAGCCAUCUGCCUGUAGAAGCAGAAGAUGGUGUGGUGUCUGCAUUGCGAGGACUUCUCAUCGUACUGGCUCUAUCAAUUCAUGAGCUCUUUGAGGGUCUCGCAGUUGGGUUGGAGUCGUCUAUAGGAAACGUGUGGUACAUGUUCGGUGCGGUAUCAGCACACAAGUACAUCAUCGCGUUCUGUAUCGGCGUGGAGCUGCUGGCGUCGGGCACCAAGAGGUGGCUGUCCUUGGUCUACAUCUUCACCUUCUCAUUCAUGUCAGCUCUGGGCAUUGGGGUCGGCAUCCUACUGGUCGGCGGCGCGGGCGCAGCUGACGCAGGGUUGUAUUCAGUUAUAUUACAGGGUCUAGCGUGUGGUACGCUGGUGUAUGUGGUGUUCUUCGAGGUCUGGAAGCGCAGCAGCGGUCUGCUUCAGUUCGUGUGCUCACUGCUGGGCUUUGCCAUCAUGGUGACGCUUGAAUUCAUCGUUGAGAUUGCAAUUUGAAGAGGAUAUGACGACAUUGUGACUGGAACGAAAUGGAAUUAACCAAAAUUGUAAUUGUCAAGUACAAUGCAGAAAUAAACUGCAUCACGUUAUCUCCCAAUUAAUAUAACAUUUAACAUGUAAAUUAGGUGAAUAAUUAAUAUGAAAUAGUUUCAUUCUAGACCAGUGAGUUUAAAUGAACCAAACAUUGCGAAAAAACAAUACAGCAAAAAUGAGUUUGUGUUCCACAGUUUUAAUUAAG